AUGAUGGGCGGUUUUGGUGGCUGGGGACGCCCGCCGAUGUUUGGCGGUUUUGGUGGCUGGGGACGCCCGCCAAUGUUUGGUGGUUGGGGACGCCCUCCGAUGUUUGGUGGUUGGGGACGCCCUCCGAUGUUUGGUGGUUGGGGACGCCCUCCGUUCUUUGGUGGAGGCUUCGGUCGUCCGCCGUGGAUGCCAGGUGGUGGUCCCGGAAGUGGUCCUCCGAUUGGAGCCGGUGUGCUGCCGGCAGGCGCGAUGGCAAGAGGUUGA